AUGACCUGUGGGAUUACAGCAGCUGGACGCGAGAUGAUCCUGAUUAAUAUCAUCACUCUGGUGUUUGUGUUGGAUGUGUGUGUGUGUGACUCGGAGCUGGGCCCCCCCGGGUGGAGGGAACCUCUGGACUGUGUCCGAGCCUCUGAACUGUGCAACCAGAACAGCCAGUGCAGCUCGCGGUACCGGAUCAUGCGCCAGUGCCUGUCCGGGGGGGACAAGGAGCGCAGCGCCAUGCUGGCCUCCAAGGAGUGCCAGGGGGCGCUGGAGGUGCUGCAGGACUCGCCGCUGUACGACUGCCGCUGCAAGAGAGGCAUGAAGAAGGAGCUGCAGUGUCUGCAGAACUACUGGAGCAUCCACAUGGGCCUGACUGAGGGGGAGGAGUUUUAUGAGACGUCUCCGUACGAGCCGAUCCAUUUCUCAGAGGAAUACCGACACGCGUCCAUCAUCUCAGAUUCAUCUUUGUCCAAGAUGAGCCCCUGCUCUGAAGCGGGGAAACCCUGUAACCCCUGCCUGGAUGCGGCGAAGGCAUGCAACCUCAACGAGACGUGUAAACGCUUACGGUCCGCCUACAACUCCAUCUGCAGCAAGGCCACGCCCCCGCAGCCCUCCCUGGCCAAUCAGGAGCCGUGCAGCAGGAAAAGGUGUCAGAAGGCCCUGCGUCAGUUUUUCGAGCGGGUACCCUGGGAGCUGAGUUACCCGCUGCUGUUCUGCUCCUGCCCCGACCAGGCGUGUGCCGAGCGCCGCCGCCGCACCAUCGUCCCCUCCUGCUCCCACCAGGAGAGGCACAAACCCACCUGUCUGGAGCUCCGGCACAUCUGCCGCUCCGACGCGCUCUGCAGGUCUCGACUCGCUGAUUUCCACAUGAACUGCCAGAUGACAUCUCACACCGUCACCAGCUGCCCUCACGACAACUACCACGGCUGCCUGAUGUCGUACGUCGGCCUCAUCGGCUCAGAUGUGACGCCCAACUACAGCGACAGCAGUCCCUCCAACAUCACCAUCAGCCUGUGGUGUACCUGCAGGGGCACUGGCAGUCAGGAGCGGGAGUGUGACGCCUUCCACCGGGACUUCACGCACAACACCUGCCUCAAAAACGCCAUCCAGUCGUUUGGUUACGGCUCAGAGGGGGGGACUCUUCUGGUGACCGAACCGUCGUCCACCUUCUUGCCCCCCGCCCAGCCGCCGAUCCUCUCCAAACCCGCCCCCUCUCUACACGGCAACGCAAUCAAACCCCUGGACGGCGCUUGUGUGUUUUCCACUUGUGCCAACCUGCAGGAUGGAGGCCAAAAGUGCAUCCCCUCUGAUGAGUACGAGUGCGAAGAGGCUCUGUUGGCCCAGGGGUCAAUAGACUCUCAGGACUCUGCGGGGGCCAAGAGCAGCAGCCGGCAAUCAGCUCCACUCCUCCACCACAUCUCUGUGACUGUGUGUGUGUCCACGGUUCUACUCUACGUCUCAUAA